AUGACAAACAGCUUGUGCUGGCGCAUCACCAUGGCGACAAGUGUUGCUACGUCGUUGACCGAUGGUGCAUGCGAGCCGGUGCCUCGGCUGUCAAGGCACACACGUUUGAGUCCGACUAGUGGGUUUACUUGCAGGACACGGGAAUAUUCACAGACGAACCAAUCGGUACCUCACUCCCAAGUGCACGCCACAAUUACUAACCUCAGCCCCUUCACCGAGUACAGAGCCUCCGUAGCAGCGAUUGCAGCGCCAAAUAUCUUCGGAGUUGGCGGGGGAAUGGGAGAAUACGCCUCACCAGCGAUUGUCUUCAAGACGCUGCCAGCAGCUCCGGGCUAUGUAGAAAAUCUGGUCGUCAAACAGGUCGACUUGAAUCAGUUGCUUGUAUCCUGGUCUCCGCCGAUCCAGAAGAACGGAGAAAUAUCCGAAUACGAAAUUCUCAUGUAUGUUAUCAAGUUUCCCACCAAUCUCCCCGAGGAGCGAAUCAGAAAUUCUAUCUUCAAGCAAAUUAAAUUUCCUUUUGCUAAUAUUUCGAGAUUCGAGCUUUCUAUGGAGGGCUUCCAAGCUUGUGUGUCCUACCUGAUUGAGGUAGAAGCAGCCACGGCUAGCGACGAAGACUCUGAGCAAAGUGGCGGUUACUCCUACACGGAAAUUGAAUACACGACAGCCACAGAAGUUGUCCAGCCCGUGUCAUUAAUGAGCAUUUCCAAUUACGCGUCCGGCAAACAAAAGCUCAUUGUCCCUCUUGCAAACACCACCUGCUACCACAAAUUUAUUGUGGAUUACCAGCAGAUGGAUGUGGAGGAUGCCCCAAUCCAAGCAAUUACCGCCCAUGGUCUGUUCACAACAUUUCUUGGCCUCAUUUGUCGUGGGACGAUCUUAACUCCUCGCCUACAGACUCAGAUCCCUUUGUUGUUCCGGUCACCUUUUGUGACAAAGUCUCGUCUGUACCCUUCGAAUAUCCCACGCCCCUUCCAGAUUUUCAAAAGGGCAACCAACCUUCUCUUCACCAAUCGCUGGGAUGACAGGACCGUAUGCAUUCGUAUCGACGGGGAUCAUCAAAAAGGUCUUGUCAUAUUCCAAAAGAUAUGCCUGUUUGGGCGACCUGUGUCUCUUGAAUUGGGGAGAGGACCUAGUCAGGCGAACAAGCAGACGGACCUUGGAGGGCUACGUAAACAUGAAGAAGGACAUUGUUUCUUUCCAACUGACAACAUAAUUCUGGCGAUGGAUUCACGCCCGGAGACCGAUUGA